AUGGCCGCACCUAAAAGCACUGAGCAAUUGCUUUCGUUACUGACACUGGAAGAAAAGACCGCGGAUGGUCCGAAUGGUGUUCGUGCUGCUGCAAUCGAUCGCGACAUCAAGUCCGCCUGUUUCCCCGCAGCCUGUAGCGUGGCGGCCUCGUUCGACAGUGACAUUGCAUACCGGGUGGGUGCUUCUUUGGCCGCAGAGGCUCGGCACAAAAACGCCCACUGCGUGUUAGGCCCGACCGUAUGCAUCCAUCGACAUCCACUAGGCGGCCGAAAUUUCGAGAGCUUCAGCGAAGACCCCUUUCUUGCUGGAAAGCUAGCUGCACAGGUCAUCCACGGCCUACAGCAUCGAGGCGUGUCAGCAACCAUCAAACAUUUUGUUGCUAAUGAGCAGGAGACCGCGCGGACAACGGUCGAUGAGAUCAUUUCGGAAAGGGCGCUUCGCGAGAUCUAUCUGCGUCCCUUUGAAAUCGCGAUUCGCGAGGCUCAUCCUUGGGCAGUUAUGACUGCAUAUAAUUGUGUCAAUGGGACUCACUGUGAUUCCAAUGAAUGGCUCCUGAAGUCCGUUCUCCGGGGAGAGUGGAAGUGGGAUGGCCUUGUCAUUAGUGAUUGGGGUGGCACUAAUUCUGUGUCUGAUGCUCUCAACGCCGGCCUAGACCUUGAGAUGCCCGGACCCCCACGCAAGCGCAAAUUUACCGCCAUCAUGGAUGCUUUGGAGCAAGGGACUCUAACACAGGCCAAGAUUGAUGAAAGAGCCCGAUCGAUUAUCCGCUUUGCGACGAAGAUACGAGCCCUUGCUGACAACGAUAAAAAAGAAAUCGCGGUCAACGGGGCCGAAGACCGCGCUUUCAUUCGAGAGGCGGGUGCUCGAGGAAUCGUGUUGUUGAAAAAUGAGCAAUCCAUACUACCCUUGUCAAAAAGGGAGCUGGCCGGGAAGAAAGUUGCGCUCAUCGGCUUGGCCAAAGAUGCUCUUGCCCAUGGUGGCGGCAGUGCUAGUGUCAACACAUACUAUCGAGUGACACCUUGGGAAGGUCUCCAAGCAGCUUUGGGAGCGGACGUGGAACUUCUAUACUCCAAAGGAUUCCACAAAGAGCGACUCCUACCACCUAUCGAUGGCCGUGCCUCGGAAUGUGGCAAAAUUAUUGGUCUCGAUGGGAAUAUCGGAUUCAGCCGUUUACUUUACGCCUUUGACUGUCAGGAUGGAACCACCGUCGACAAGCCCGUGUCUGUGUUGCAUGAUUUUCCUCAAUCCGCAUACUCCCCCCUCGGCUCGCAAGAAUCGCUGUGGAAAUCGUUAGAGAUUGCCGGUGACUUUAUCCCAGCUGAAACUGGAGAGCACUAUAUUGCUUGUUCGGGUCUUGGGCCGACGCAAAUCCUCGUUGACGAUCAAGUUAUCUUUGACCAAAAAGAAAAUUGCAGUGACCCCAUGGGAUCACUGUUUCUUGCGGCACCAGAAGUGGAAAUACGUCACGCCUUCACCGCAGGCCAAACAUAUCGCCUACGCAUCCGGACAAACCCACCCGUUGGAAUUGGUCUGGACAUUCUGGAGGGUCGCAGUGGUGUGCGGAUGGGCAUGUCUCUUGAGUCUAUGCAUGAUCAAGAUUUGCUAGGUGAAGCAGCAUUUGUGGCCAGACAAGCUGAUUUCGCGAUUGUUUUCACCGGUCAUGAUCCGCAGUGGGAGUCCGAGGGCCGCGACCAAGAUUCUUUCCAUCUCCCUCGACGCGGUACACAAGAUGCUGUCGUUACAGCGGUGGCUGCGAACAAUUCGAAUACCAUUGUUGUAAAUUCUACCGGCGUCGCAAUUGCUAUGCCUUGGCUUCAAAGCGUCCGUGCCGUCGUGCAGUCCUGGUUUCCCGGUCAAGAGUGCGGAAAUUCGAUCGCUGAUAUCUUGACCGGUGCAGUUAACCCGGAGGGUCGUCUACCAGUCACCUUUCCACGCCACAUAGAAGAUGCUCCGGCCCACGGCAAUUUCCCCGGAGGGUAUGUUGAUGGUCAACUCAAAGUCACGUAUGCUGAAGAUGUGUUCGUUGGGUAUCGGCAUUACGACAAGCACCCAUCAGACUCAAUCAAUUUCCCAUUCGGACAUGGUCUUUCUUAUACAAAAUUUCGCUACAGCCAGAUGACCGUGACUGAGUAUGACUUCAGCAGUGACUCAUUCGUGGUGAAUGUUGAUGUUUCCAAUGCAGGCUCUGUGCAUGGCGGCACCGUCAUCCAGCUAUACCUUGGUUUGGCUUCUCCUAUCCCCGAGCAUCCCACAAAGUCCCUAGUCGGAUUCAAAAAGGUACGUAUAGAGCCAGAUGAGUCAUGUCUAGUUGAAUUAUGUAUUUCAGUCCGUGAUGCUGCGUACUUUGAUGUGAAUUUGCGGCGCUGGGUUGUCGACGCAGGUCAAUACAUCUUGUACCUCGGCAAGUCUGCAGCCGAGACACUUCAGACUGUCACUAUCACACUGCCUCUCCUACAAUAUUCUCUCUAG